UUCUAUUCCCACUGAGUGCAAGCAGAUUGUGGGACAGUCACCAAGUAGAACAACCUACAAGACCACCGGAGAGGCUUCCCUAACACUCAAGCCAGGAAAAACAAUCACGGAAAAUGAUUCCCAAACCAAAUUGUGUCUAAUAUCUCUCUGUUUUCACUUGAUUAAUGGACCCAGGCUCAAAGAGAAGAGUUCCUUUGUCCUGCACCCUGGGUCCGAGCCCCACUCUCUAUACUACCAUCAUCUUCUCUGGAUGCUGUGGUCUCCACUAAAGGGACAAUACAAGGUGAAAUGCAGCCAUUUUGUUGGUCAGCAGCAGCUCAGAAGCAAGAUGUCUUAGCGGCAACAUCCAGUAACGCGCUCUUUGCCAGCACCCACAUCCCAGAUGGCUUUCAGACCUUAGUGUCAGGCCAGUGGAGACAGGGCUUACUAUUAGAAAAUAUCGUGAGCAAUUUGUGAGAAACUUGUGAACCUGCUUUUUUUUUUUUUUUUUUUUUUUUUUUUGAUUCUUCAACCUAAUCAUUUGUGUUUUAAAAAGCUGCCUCUGGAUUCAAGUAAAAGGGGGACAGUGAAACAACCAGAUAUGGCCUGCAUCAUGGAGGAAAGUGGAGAAAUUUCCAGAGAUAUUCACAUUACUCUUGGUAUGCUGGACAAAGAGGACAAUGAAGGCAAGGAAGACAUAUACAGUAGUCUCGCUACCAUUAUCCAGAAUAAUGACAACUUGAGUAAUUCAACUAUUCAAAGAAUGAUUUUUCAUGCCUCCAAGGACAUGAGAAACAAUGAUGCCCCAAGAGAAAUCAGAAUGUUAGCUGGGGAGGUUUUAGUGUCUCUUGCUGACCAUGAUUUCAACUCUGUGAUGGAUGAAGUACAAAGACACUUCAAGAUCCUGGAGCUCCCUGAUGAAUUCACCGUCCUUGCCCUGGCUGAACUGGCAACCAGCCAUGUAUCUGAGAGCAUACCAUUCAUGACUAUGACCUUACUUACUAUUCAAACCAUGGUAAAGUUGGCUGAAGAAGAAAAAAUGAAGAAAGCAUUCUGUAUUGCCCUUGAGAAAUUCAGUAAGGCCAUUUUCAAAUAUAUCAACCACUGGGAAGAAUUUCCUUAUCCUAAAAUGAAUGCCAACCGGCUCUCUGAUAAAAUCUACAUGCUGUUUCGUUUCAUAAUGGACAAGUGGACAACAGACAUGACCUAUGAAACCAACCAAGCAAUCAUCAAGGCUCAUGGACCAGCAGUGGCCCUCCUACUACACCGGGAAGACCUCCAGGAGUUUGCUUUGCACCAUGUACCUUGGCUUUUAAGCCAAUAUAAGGAUGUUGAAACAGAUUUCUAUGUCACUCAGAGUCUAAAACAAUUAUUGGCUGCAGCCGACUUUUAUGAAGUCUACAUUCCAAAGAACACAAAAAGUUCCAUCUUUACUCUCUUACAGAAACAGAUCUGUGGCAUCUCAGAGUCUAGAGUUAAGGAAAAUGAAAAUGAAGCUGUACAAUGUUUCCUCAUUCUGGUGCAUUCCAAUACAUUAGACCUGCUGGAAUUUUUUGAAGAACAAGUGAGAUUCGGUGAUGAGAAUAUCAGAGUGGGAACAUUCUCUUUUUUAAGAUCUGCUGUCUAUGCUGAUGAGCCCAAAUUGAGGGAUUAUAUUACUUUAAUUGAAAGGACAGUCAAAAUCGCCAUGGAUGAUUACAAUAUAAAAGUGAGGACUUCUAUUCUCCUCCUCAUCCAGAGCAUGUGUGAAAAGGGCUACCUGGAAGCAAGUGAAGGGUGGCAACUGAUUGAAUAUAUCUUCUUCCAGUUUGCAUUUUCCAGGAGGAAUUUGGUGGAUCCAAUAAGGCCCAUCAACCAGGAGUACUUGGUGGCAGAAAAUUCUGUCCUAGAAAUUUCUCUCCAAGUCCUACGGGGAUUGGACCCACUAGUUAAUGGAAUGCCCCAAGUGCUAUGGCCAAAACUCCUAACUUUUGUGGUACCAGUGGAAUAUACUGGAGUUCUGCCCUAUCUGUUUAAUAUCCUUAGGAUUCUGCUGAUGGCAGAGGAGAAGAAGCAGUAUGCUGAUGAGUCAACAGCUCUUGUCAUCUCUGCUGGACCAGUGAAACUUCCUUCGGCUCAACAGCUACUGGCCAGACUUCUGGUGAUUUCUGUCCUGGCCAGUGAGGGACUACCAUGUGGAACUGGAGCAAUAGGUCUUCUAAAGAAUCUGUCCAGUAUAAUCCAUCCAAACCUGAUAGAAUUGUGGAAAGAUCUCAUCCCUCGUCUGCUUCUCCCUUUGGAAGGAAACUGUUAUAAAGUCAGACUGUGGGAGAACAUGCUGUUGGAGAUUUUAAGGGAAACUUUGUGGAAGAUCAAUGACAAAAAUUGGAGCAUUCAACUGACCCAUGAAUUCAUCCAACAGAUGGGGGCCUAUUACAAUACCUCACUUGAGAAGAAAUUCCUUUGGAAAGCUUUGGGAACUACUUUAGCAUGCUGCCAGGAUGUGAACUUUGUAACUGCACAGUUGAAGGACACCUUAAUCAAUGCCAACCAGAUGGGGGACCAGAGAGAGGCAACUGUUUCUGUUCUGGGAUAUUGUGCCAAGAAUCAUAUGGAUGUUGUUCUAAAGGUUCUUAAAGAAUUCCAAGUGGAUCGAAAGUCCUUCUCAAAUCGCUGUAAGACUAUCUUGUAUGGAAAGAAGAUAUUGACCAAGAUUGACCUCAUUGCAGUUUAUGGAAAUAUAGCUCUCCAAUCUCCUAAAAGACUACUUCUCCCCAUUGUGGAAAAAGAGAUUGUGACCCCAGUCUUGAAUCUCUAUACUUCCAGCUGUCAGGUUUUGGGAAUAACUGUUUUAAACAAGAACGUGGAUUUGCAAAUGACCUUCACAAAAAGCGUCACUGAAAUUUGCAUUGCUAUUCGGGACACUGAAGAACUACUGAAUUUUAAUUUUACCAGUAAGGAAGUACUCCUUGGACAUAUGUUGGAUUUAAUCAGAGAAGAACCCCUGGAUUCCUUAGCUAGCCCUGUCCGAUGGAAAGCAGUAAUUGCUAUUCAAUGUCUAAGCAAACUGAAACCUCAAUUACCUAUAAAUGACAAUCUAAAUAUCCUUGAAGAGAGUCUUCGGAGUCUUAUUCUCCUUCCUCACUUAACCCGAAUCAUAGAAGAUGGACAAACUGAUGAAGACAAAGCACACAUCCAAUUUCUCUAUGGAAGAUCUAUGGAUGCUCUUGGGAAACUUAUGAAAACUCUGGUGUGGAGAUGCCAAGAACCAGAAGAAUGUCAAGAAAUGUUUAAUCUUCUGCGAAUCUGGCUUGCUUCAUCAAAAGAAUGGGAACGAGAAAGAGCCUUGCAGAUCUGUUCAAAGGUGUUGACCAAUAGUAAUGAAUCACCGGAGAGAUUUAGAAUUGGUCCUCUUCUUGGACUUUUUGCACCUCACUGCUGCGAUACCCUAGCCACCAUCCGUCUAUGGGCUGCUGAUGCUGUUAUUGGUCUGUUCUUUUUCAAAGACCUUCCCCAGGAGAUGGAGAAACUAAGACAUUUGCAGGAAGGACUGCAGUCUACUGAUAGCCAUGUCCAGCUCUGGAUUAUAUCUAAUAUGGCUAAGAUGCUUAGCAAAUAUAUCCCCAAUGAAGAAAUCCAAGCAUUCCUAGAAGAAUCACUAGAUGGCAUGGAGAACCUCAAUGCUGAGUGUUCAAAGGCAUGUGGUUUGUGGGUAAUCACUAUUCUAAAGGAAAAAGGAGCUGCCUUGGAAAAUGAGUUGUUGGAUAUCUUGAGCUUAAUUUAUCAUCACAUGCCCGUCCUCAGACUUAAGGAGCAAAACUUCAAUUUUGUUCUACAGGCUAUCACCCAGAUAGCAAAUUUUCACCUUGAGGCAGUUGUUUGCAAUCUCCUGAAUAAACCUCUACCCUUUGACAGGGACAUAAAAGCACUGUGGAAGGCGCUGGCUGAGGAUAGUUCCCCCAACAUCCAGCUCUUAAAAGCCUUAAUGGAUAAACUGGAGAGUGGGCUGGAGAAUGACAUAGCAGAAACAGAGACAAUUGCAGUGGCCUGUGCUAUAUAUGAGGUGGUAUCAAUAGGCAUCCCUAUCAGAGAUUCAUAUGCUGAGCUUUUGUACCUGCUCUUGAAGCUCAUUAGCUACACAUUGGGUCAGAAAAUGCCAAUGCCAACCCCAACCUUGAGUGAGAGAAGAAGGGUCUUGCAGCAGGCACAGAGAUUUCCAGAGGGAGAUCCUUGCAGGCUUUCAGCUACCACCCUCAAAUGUGUGCAGAACCAAGCUAUAAAAGAGGGCCUGGCUAAAGAGUCUGAAGAAGGAGACAACUUGUGGAAUCUUCUGAGUAGUCCCCAUUCAUACCACAUAGGAGUGUGUGUGCUGGCCAGGAGUUUGAUCAUCUGGCAACAGGAGAUCAUGAUAGGCAUCAUGGAGCACAUGUUCCCAUCGCUUUCUUCAACCUCAGAGACCUUCCGAAUAAUGGGCACAGCAUUCUUCUCUGAGCUCAUGAAAGAGCCAUUUCUUUGGAAACAGGGGAAUCUAAGAGAAGUUCUGUUUGUAAUCGAUCAGAGUGCUUGGGACACCAACACUACUUUGAGACAAAUGGCAAUCAGAGGACUUGGGAAUGUGGCCAUAGGAGCCCCACAAAAGGUGAAGAAAAACAAGCAAAUGCUAUUAGAAACAGUCAUCAGAGGCCUCUACCACUUGACUCGCACAGAAGUCAUCUGUGAAAGCUUAAAGGCAUUGAAAAAAAUCCUAGAAUUGCUCACUGACAAAGAUGUGAGCUUCUACUUCAAAGAAAUCGUGCUGCAAACGAGAACCUUCUUUGAAGAUGAGCAGGAUGAUGUCAGGCUGACUGCAUUCUUCUUGUUUGAAGAUCUGGCAUCUCUAACAGGAAAAAGGUGGAAAAUGUUUUUUACUGAAGAAAUUAAAAAGAGCAUGAUUUCAUUCGUUCUCCACCUCUGGGAUCCCAACCCAAAGAUAGGUACGGCCUGUCGUGAUGCCUUGGCUGCCUGUAUCCCAUUUCUUGGUGUCCAAGAUUUACAUGCACUACUGGACCGCUUUGUUGACUGCCAGGAGAUGCCAAAGAACAAGGAAUUCUAUAGAGAUCUAUGCAUGAAGCUGGCAAAGAAAAACCAGGAUCUCCUCUGGAUCCUUCACACACACACGUUUGCCUAUUUCAGUAGUUCCUGGGAAGGAAUCCGAAGUGGUGCAGCCAAAUUAACAGAUGCCAUUAUUCAAAAUGUGACACCUCAGUUCUUGGAGAUGCUGGACCGAGAACAAUUGGACUCAUGUCUCCAGGCACUUAGGGAAGAUCCCUGUGUCAGUGUCCAGAGAGCUGCUGAAGCCGCCAUGCAGACCUUCUUGAGAAGAUGUAGAGAGAUAGGCAACCGUUCAUAAACUGUCAGGAAAUAAACUGCUGGGCUUUUUAUAUGACUGAAUCUAGUCUUCAUCCUAAUCCCUCAUAAUUCUGCAGUGUCCCAGGAAAGGGCUAGCACAUGAGAGCUGGCAAUCUUGUCACAAUAGUAGCUUACUCUUCUCCAGAUUCAGACACUACCAUGCCAGUCUGAAUUCUGGUACAAUUAGUGCCCCCAGCAUUUCAUUUCUGGAGCACUUCUUUGACUCAUCUGGUAGCACCUCCUCUCCCACAAGUUUUUGUCAGAUUUGUCCUUGCUCCCAGAAAUUUCAAAUUCCAGAAAAUUUCAGAAAAGCCUAUUAAGGUAUUGUUUUUAAGUUUAUCAAGUGGAAGUCAUGAUCAUUCUCCACAUAUUAUCUUUUCCUCUUCCAUCUUUGUCCCCACUGGAAGCAGCGUGACCCAGACACCUCUCUCUCAUUUAACAAGUAGUCUUACAAUCACUAUUAAUUUGCCCAAGUCUUCAGUAGCUAAAGGAUUUGUGAUUCUGUCAUCAUGUGAUCUUCCUGCGAUGACCAAGAUAGCAACAAAGUAUACCUUAAAAGAACAGAUUUGCCUGGGACUCAGAGAACUCAAACAAUUUUCCAAGGUAAAGCUUAUUUGUUUCAAACCAAGCUAUGUAAGUAAUAAGAUUUGAACUCACAUCUUCCUGACUACCAACUUGGGCAUAUCAUUCUAUCUUCUCAAAUGUAAUUUAUAAGCUAAGAUUUAUCACUUGUUUUCUGUGAAAGAAACUUUUUGCUCUAAGAGUCAUUCAGUACGCAUUUAUUAAACGUCUAUUAUGUGCCAGGCACUGUAUUAAGUACUGGGGGUACAAAACAAG